AUGGGGAACAAAGGCAUGGAAGACCUUAUCCCUGUUAUGAACAAAAUUCAAGAUGCCUUUGCGCAUAUAGGACAACCACCGUCUAUAGAUUUGCCUCAGAUCGCCGUCGUGGGAAAUCAGAGCGCUGGUAAAAGUAGUGUUUUAGAAAACUUUGUUGGAAGGUGAGGGUAAACGUUGAUAAUAGCUAUCAAGAAUCAAUAUCGAUGUUUACAACUCGAAUAUUGGCAUCAACGGCCUGAAUUUAUUUAAUAUUCUAGGGAUUUCUUGCCGCGAGGAUCCGGCAUUGUCACAAGAAGACCACUGAUUCUUCAACUUCAUCCAGCGAAGUCAGGUGAGCUUAGCCUGGCCCGGCAAAUUGCAGAAAAGUAAAUGUUUAUUGAAUGAAAUCUGAUCUACAAUGGCUCGUAAAGAUUGUUUCAAAUGAUUAGCAUUUGGAGUGGUAAAUUUAAAAUAGCAGAUCUGUUUUGUUACUUUUCGUCCAGUGAUCGACAUUGUCCUGAUAACAGUUGUGCCCAUUAAAAAAUUUUUGUGUUAACGUGUUCAUUUGAUUAAUAAUUGUAUGCAUUUUAUUCUGCUCUAAUCACUCGGGAAUUAGGAUUACGUGACAUUCUAAAAACAGAGAUGAUGAUCUCUUUUUUCUCUCGUAACGAUUGUUUCAAAUGAUUAGCAUUUGAAGUGGAAAAUUUAAAAUAGCAGAUCUGUUUUGUUACUUUUCGUCCAGUGACUGAUAUUGUCCUGAUAACAGUCGUGCCCAUUAAAAAACGCUGUAAUUGGCUAUAUGCCCGGCAGCCAAGAAGGGUCUUAAAAAAACUAAAUGCCUGGCAGUCAGAAAAUUUUUUGGAUUUUCUUCGAAAUCCCUCUUUCGAAAUCGUCUGAAAGUAUUCUAUCUUCAUUUAAAAUCACCAAGCUAUUAAGAAAACAGGAAUGGCUUCGCAGUUGAGCGUUUGUGUUUUCUUGGGCAUAGAGUAGUGUCUACGCCUUUUCGACACUUCGAAAAAUUUCGUGAGUAGCAGCGCUUGACUCACAGGCACGUUUUCGCACAAGCUAAAUAGAGGGGGACAUUGGGGGUAUCCAAUACCGCAAUACCGUAACAAAUUAAAAUAACGUCUAAAUACCGAUACCGCAUAUUUUAACCACAUUUAUAAUCGGUUCCGCAUACUUAUGGUUGCUUCCAUCAAGCACGUUUAAUUAUCUCAGACCUUUAUGCACCAGAUGUUCAUGUUUUUUUUAAUAUUUUGGUAGUUCGCAAAUUUUUUACAAAUUUUCGCUGAAAAGUAAACUACAUUCCUUCAACCUUUUGGUAGGUCGACCCAACAUCUAAUCAACUCCAAUAAAAAUAACUUUUGAAAGCGCGAAAAACAAACAAACAAACCAUAGCCUGCUAGACCAUCCGGUUUUUUCGGCUCAAGUUUCGAGUUUCAAAAACCGGACGCUUUCGCAGGCUAAACCAACCAAAACCCUUUCCACGAGUUUUGAUAAGUGAGUCUAGUUUGGCACGUCAGUCUGAUAGGGGUCAACUACCUCGACUGUCUCACACGCCGUGCCGGUAAGAGGCAAACUUACCAAAUUUUCUCUUUUAAUUUUACAAGGCGUUUUUCAAUUCUCGAAACCCGACAUCUAAACUUAUUCUUGUUGCGAUAAUGUUCGCCUCCUUCGCCUUCUUCAUAAAAAUUGCCACACAGUCAAUGAUGUGGUGACCACGCCGUCUUCAACCUCAGCGACCUUAGCCAUUGUGAGAAAACGUGUAAGACCUCGAAUUACCGGCACCGACUGACACAGAUCGAAAAGCCUGGCAACGUAACUUGAGACGACUCAUUAUCAUUGGAUGCAACAACAAGCACAUUGUAUAUUAUAGACCAUUAACUGUCACAAAAUGACCCACGAAUGGUGUAAUCAUUUACCGUUAUGUCUCAAGACUUCUAAAUAUUAACUUUUAUUGACCUUUAUGUCCUACUGUGUUUUGUUUUGCGAAAGGAAAGCGCAAAUAAACGGUACCGUAAUACCGUGAACAAUCUUCUUUCACCGAAUACCGUCAGCCAAAAUGAUGAAGAAUUGAAUACCGCAGAGCUAGAUGAUACCGCAAUACCGCACGUUAAAAUCAAGAAAUACGGCAUGAAAAAAAAGCCAAAUACCACAAUAUCGUAAACCCCCAUGUCCCCCUCUAAAUACCCGGCAGUCCGAGGGGCGACUGAAAAGUUAGGAAGCCUAUUAUUAAGCCAAAGAAUACAUACUUGCCUCGAUUAUUUUCCCAAAGCAAUAACGAAGAUACAGCGCUUUCAUUUUCAAACCUCAUUUUGCAAGGCCUCUAGCCGCUUGAAGGUAAACUCUCGACACAGCUUGAGUCCCCCUCAAAAUAUUCUAUUUUAGUUUAGAAUUGGAAAGUAAUGGGAAAUCAACAGCGUUUUUCGAAAUCUCUUUUUGUAAUCGUCUGAAAGUAUUCUAUCCUCAUUUAGCAUCACCAAGCGAUCAGGAAAACAGGAAUGGCUUCGCAGUUGAGCGUUUGUGGUUUCCUGGGCAUAGAGUAGAGUCGACGCAGUUUCGACCCUUCGAAAUUUCGUGAGUAGCAGCGCGUGACUCAGAGGCACGGACAGUCUAAAUUACUCGGCAGUCUGAGACGCGACUGGAAAGUUAGAAAGCGUAUUAUUAAGCCAAAGAAUACAGACUUGCCUCGAUUAGUUCCCCAAAGCAAUAACGAAGAUUCAGCGCUUUCAUUCUGUUUUCCUGAUCGCUUGGUGAAGACCCUUCCCGGCUGUCGGGCACAUUGUCGGUUUUCACAUGACGUCACUAAAAUUUAAACUAAAGAAACUAUCGAUCCUACCGAGAUUUUGCUUUCACGAUGCAUUAGAGCAGCUGAAAACUAACUGUCAUACAAAUUUUCGUUUCAAAAGGGUUCUUGGUUUUGUGAUAGAGUACGCUUGAAUUGCUAAGCUUUUGCGUGACGCGGCAUUUACAUGACGGCCAAGAGAGCUGUCACGUAGGUUAAAGAAUGACUUAUUUCAGGAAAUUUGCUAUCUAAACAGUUUAUGUAUUAGAAAAAGUAUACUUUAAUGUUUAUGAGUUUCUCGAAGAAUAAAUUCACGCUUUUGUAGCAGAACUCGGUAACAGAUGUUUCUGUUGGUUUCCGUCCGACAUGUUGGAGCUCAUCCAGGCGAGCACCAGCAUGGCGUCUCCAUACAAAUCUCUAUAAGUUUGCGUAAAACAUUUCUUCGGAUAUCUCGUAUACGAAAUACUCCUCUAACCUGAAUCUUGGCGAGGGUCUUUGUAUAUGUACCUCCUUUCAUUUUCCAGGUUCUGGACUUAAUCUAUUAAAUGGUUUUGAUUUUGAUUUUGAUCUAUUUUGAAUGGCGUGACACUGAAAACCAGCAAUAAGUAAAUAAUAUAAUGAUAAUAAAAAUAAUAAUUAAUACAGUAAAAUAAAGUGAAAUCUCAAAAAGUAAAACAAUAAUAAUGAUAAUAAUAAUGAUGAUGAUAUUAUUGAUAAUUACAAGAGUACUGAUAAUGAGAACUGAAUAAUGAAAGAGGAUACAGAUUGUACAAAAUGUUCCCUAAAAUAAUAUUAUAAGAGAGUUAUAGAAUUAAUGGUUGAAAAACGAACAUGUUUUGAUGUUCAACUAUCAUCAUUAUCAAGUCAAAGAAAAAGAGUUGUUUGGAAAUAUAAUAAUUACUUAAACAAUAAUUCAUAACUAGUUACCUACAGAUGUAUUUAAGUGCCAAAAAUAAUUGAUCAAACAAAGAGCACGGCAUGGAUGGAAUCAGCUUGGGAGUUCAAGAUUGGUUUGAGUUCUGAACUCAAUCCAAGUAAAUUAUUGUAAAACUGCCCGUUUUUUAGUUCCCCGGUACAUCUUGUUGUGCAUUAACUCUUUGACUUUUGAUUUUGCCUGUUGUACAGAGUUUGCAGAAUUUCUUCACUGCAGGGGAAAGAAAUUUACUGAUUUUGAAGAAGUAAGGAAAGAGAUUGUGGCAGAAACUGACAGAGAAACUGGCAGCAAUAAAGGAAUUUCAUCUCUACCAAUUAAUCUUCGGGUUUUCUCUCCUCACGGUAGGAAAAUUAGCAAUCUUUGUCUUAAACAGGGUCAGGGUAUGAGGGGCCGGGCAGCACCUCCCCGGCCAAGGAUAUAUCGAGUACCCCCCGGGUUUUUUUUAAUACAAAUCCGAUGCUGAGCACCUUAGUUUUUAGAGUUUCAUAGCACUGGGCACCCUUUAAUUUUCCUUAGAACACAGCCUUGGUGUGACAGCAUCCUGCAUACUGCUAGGAUUAGAUGUCAAAGAUACAUGUACAUGCAUGUAUGUGCUUUUGCACAAUGAUAGAAUGCCACUCUGAUCACUAGGAAACAGGUUUAAAAUGAUUAUCUCCAUCUUUGUUUAGUCUGGGGUAUGUCAUUGAAGGUCUCAGAGAAUCAGAAACGCACACUUUAUAAAGUCAAAUAUUUGCAUACAACAAAAGUUGGCCAUUCUUUUAGGAAAAUGUUUAAGGUUUGACUUCCAAUCUAUAGACUGCUACACAAACCAUACAUGCUAAAAAAAGGUGACUUCCUUUCAUACAGAAAUUAAAUUAAAAUAUUUUUAAUAUUUAUUCAUGACAGAAAAAAAAAUUGUUUUUAACAUUGUAUAUUAGCCGAUCCCUAUGGAAGCCAGUCUUCUUUUAAUAAAUUAGUGACACAAACCUGAGCCAGGUUUCAUUUUAAAAUAUUAUUGCGAUGUUUUUUUUUGGAGUUUAGCACCAGUAGUAGAAAACUGUCUGAAAACUGGAAAUAAACCUGGCGUUGAAUAUACUUAGGGGGUGUUUACAUGACACCGGGGCGACUUUCACACUGGCGCGAACUCACUCCGGUUCCCUCUCAUAGCUCUAUAUUCGUUUACAUGAUCCCACCACAAAAUGUCAUGCCGGCGCGAGUCACCCUGUCGUGUGUUCGCUCCGGUUGUUGUACCAGGACGAGAAUUUCACUCCAGCAUUUAAUCUCGCAACGGUAUCAUGUAAACGAUAAACGACCACUUGUUUCGGUGUGAAACCGGACUGCCUGUGGACUGGAACGCGUAGCGCAUGCGUAAUGUUUGCGAUUUUGAAUCACAUGGGUAUUUUAUCAACAUGAAGUGUACCUUCAAAUAACAAGAAAUAAAAUGGCCCAGUCAUCAUGUAAACUGGAUACAAAAUCAAAAAGUCAUCGCCGUAUGAAACUCCCACCGGUGCGAGUUUCAUAUUUUCUUUAUAUUUAAUUUUUUAGUGCUGAAUUUGACUCUGGUGGAUCUUCCUGGCAUGACAAAAGUUCCUGUUGGUGAUCAGCCAGCAGAUAUAGAAAUGCUGAUUAGAAGCAUGUUGAUGCAGUUUAUCACCAAACCAAACUGCCUUAUAUUGGCAGUGUCACCUGCAAACUCAGAUUUAGCUAACUCUGAUGCACUGAAGAUUGCAAAGGAAGUAGAUCCUGAGGGUAAGUUUUUGAUUGCACUCUUUGCACUUGGCCAGCUUUUUGGAGGUGUUUUAAAUAAUAUUGCUCCAAGAAAAUUAUGCUGAAGAAUAUAAAAUUUGAACUAAGGAAAUUAAUCACUUGUCACUUGCAUGUAUUUUAUUCAUUGUUUCACCAGCCCUGGCCUCUACUGCACUUACUAAUUGUGUACAGGAAUGAGUAUCGAAAAGGACUGAACAUUGAUUAAAUUUGUCUUUCAAUGAUUCAGGUGUAAGAACAAUUGGAGUAAUAACCAAGUUGGACCUCAUGGAUGAAGGAACAGAUGCACGAGACAUUCUAGAAAACCGAGUCCUUCCUUUAAGAAGAGGUCAGACAGUAUUAUUUUAUUUUGCCGUUGUAUGAAUUCGCUGUAGUUGAAAAGUAAUACUGCUUAAAGUGACUAUGAUAGCGGGCUACACUAAAAUCCAAGUCUUUUACUGUUCUUCUGGUCUCUGGGCAAACAAAGAUAUUUCACUCAAACAUCAAAGUGUGUUAAUUGCCAGAGGCCACUUGGCAGUGCUGAAGCAUACCCUGUUAUCGGCAGGCUGUUUAUUUUUGGGCCUAUUCAUCCCAUAUUUUUCAUCAAUGAAACUUUCCAAUGUGUUCAGUGCCUCCCAGGGACAUUGAAGGGACAUGCUGUAGCCAAGUCAAAUUAUUGUUUUGCUUGCCAAUGAUUGCAGCAGCUGGAGGAAACUUGUGGUCAAGCCUGCUUGAUGUUAAUGAUGAUGAUGAUGAUGAUCAUGAUGAUGAUGAUGAUGGAAGCAAUAGUAUAACUUUGGUUUCUUUUCAGGGCUCGAAAUUAAAAAAAUCCCGAAGUCGCCUUUUGGCGACCAACUGAAGAAAUAUAGUCGCCAGAUGAAAAUUUUUAGUCGCCAGUUUGUAUGAUGUAAAUGACGCAGCUCAUAGUAUGAGCUAGGCUUCUGAUAUUUAGCGCUGAUUUGCGAAAUUCAGGUGAAUACGCGAAAUCCCGCGAAAGCCACUAAAUCAUGCAAAAUACCGCGAGAUUCGCUAGAAAUCUUAACAAAUACAUAUCGAUACAGCAUAUUUGAAACUUAUCUCGGCUAUUGGGGCUGUUUAAUUGCCGUAAACUUGCAAAUUUAUCUUGAAACUUCAUUACCACAACGAGCGAACAACGUCCUAGAACUCCCAGGCGUAAAUUAUGUUUGCGAAAAACUGGCCACUAGUCAUGAUGUUUAAAGCUUUGCCAUUAGCGCUUUAUUGUUGAACAAGAAGCCGCUUACAGCAGUCUCUUUCUACACGAAACAGGUUUUACUCGCUAAAGGUUUUUUACUUCCUACUUCAUCGACGUCAAUACUUUUUACUUGUCUCUGAAUUGAUUUAGUACGCGUGUUAGCGACGACCGGAAAUACGUCUGCGGACGCAGGCUAUAGGCGUAUAUAAAUCCACGAAAAUUCAAGGGCCUCAAUUCCAGAGAAAUCACAUCAUUGCUAGAGAUCAAACAAGUGAUUUACACGGCACGUCAUUUCAAUCGUCGCCGAAAAUAAAUCGCAUCUCAUCACAAGACACUAAUGCAUACAAUGAAAGUUUACAAAACCCGACCAUCGCAGUUUUGCUAAUUAAGAUUGUUUUUUCGACCACUCAGUAGUGUUCACUUGUCCCAAAGUAAUCGACGAUUUCAAGCGAUAGAAUUCGUGAACCGACACGUUUCGGAAAAGUUUUAAAUUUAAUCUUUCCUAAGCUUUCUUCGCAAAACAUGCGUGGCUUCGAACCACGCAACGAUUCUUAGUCCCAGUUUCCACGGACUCUGCAAGGAACUCCUGGCACAAUGACCCCCAAUUUGUAUUUUAAAUACGGCGAAAACCCCCGGGGGGUACUUCCAGAAAAACCGGGUCGGGUUGUGCGGCACUCUUCCUGAAACCCUUACCCUAUUUCAAACCAAAAUCUCUGAUUUUCCCUACCCUAUUUCAGACCUGAUCAAAAAUUUGAUACCCAACUGUAUUUCAGACCUGAAGCCCUGGAGCCCGGCGCGUGACCGGAGGGCGUGACAAGCUGUUAAGGCACGUAUACGGUUGGUGAAAACAUUAAAAGAGAAAUGGUCUUGUCGCCAAAUGAUGAAGAAGUAGCUUCUUCUAAAAAAAACAUACCCAAUUCAAGAGUAGAGUGCACAAACCAUACCCUUUUUCAGACCACAAUGGUCGAAAUUGAUACCCUUUUUCAGACCAAAACGGCUAAAAAACCAUACCCUUUGGCGCUGCACAUACCUAUAUAGCCUAUAUAAGGAAGUACCCCCCCUGGCAAAAAACGCGUUGCAGAUUAUGAAUCUCGCUGCUUACGCAAAAUAAGAAAAUGGCAUCACAACUCAGAUGAUAGCUCUGACAUCAUUUUUAGACUAAUAUUAUCGGUUCUCUACUUCAGUUUAAUAUCAAGUUGUGUAAUUCAUUAUCUGCUAUGGCAUUUAUUUUUUGCUGCCCAGUUUCAAGGCCAGAUGAUCUGUUUUCACUAUUAAAAUUUGGAUUUGUUGGUGUACAUCAGUAUUCUUCUCUAAACACCUUAUUGAGCUAUCUCCAAUAUUGAGCAUUACAGUUGUACAGAUUGUGAAAACUAAAGUCCGGGUAAAUUUGAAAUAUAAUAAAAUCACCAUAGAUUAUUUUUUAUCGUGUACACUAAUACUAGUGUGCAGGAAAGAAUAAGUAUGUGAAAAAAUAUAAUUCACUGCCCUUGAAAAACUAACAAAGAGGUCGCAAGAACACAAAUAAGUAUCCCAGCAAAUAUUUUUCUUCGAUAAUAACAGCUUUUUGUAAUGAAAUGGUCACUGAAAACUACCCAUGCAAGACAUACUAAGGAACUUAAAAGAAACUAAACAUUCGCUAGUCUUACAUUGAAACCAGACAUUGCUAUAUAUAUAUAUAUCUUACAGAUACAACCUAAAACAUUUAUAUAACAUACAAAUUCAAAAGUAUUUGCAAACAAGAAAAUUAUACAGAAUUAUGCACAAAUGAAAUACAAAUGGCCAGUAACAGCUAUUAAACCAUUGAAAAACAAACUUUUUAGUGUGACCAGCAACCCUAGCACACUUGUAUACUUCAUGUCCAGUAUGAUUCAAUUUCAUUCUUGGUUAAAUUUAUUAACUUCAGCCAGGCUUAAUCAAAAUUGAUUCAAAAAAUACUUUCCUGUUUCCUUGUCUACAAUAUAUAAUAUUAAGAGAGAGGAUAUAAUGCUAGAAGCUAGAAAUAUUAUACAGUAGUACUAUCAAAAGAUAAGGCACCUCCAGGAAAUCGAGUUGGUCCCUACUAUUCUUCAGUCAUUUUCUUUCACUCUCUAUAAGAGUUACACCUGUCCAUUAAUACAGACAUUUUGUGCCAGUCCCAAAAGUUUCCAUCUGAGAGCUGACUGUAGUUUGUGCGACACAACACUUAAGCCUCUGACGACAAAAAUACAAUGUUACACAGUCUUAAUUUAUUCUACUUGCAAUCAAAUUAAGACCUCUUCAUGUCCUUCUUCAUAUUCACGGUAUUAUGAACUCGUUUAUCUUUCAGUGCGUGUUCUAGUAGUCUUUUCAGGCCGGGCACUCACUGUUGUCCUACAAAAAAAACAUAAUAACAAACACAUUCUAUGAUUUAAUUUUACAUUGGAAUCUUUGUGGGAAUUUGAAAGCAAAUUUCUGCAAAGACUUCAUCCUGUUUCUGCGUAAUACAACCUAGUCUCAACCUUUAGAUUUAUACCGCAGUGAAGCAGAAUUUGUUGUUGUUUAUGUAGACUGCCACAUGCACCAGAUCAUUCGAAUGUAAUUUUUUAGUAGUUUUCUAAUUUUUUCUAAUUCUAAUUUUUUUUUUAGUUACAGAACCGCGAUCCGAUCGCGGUUCUGUAACUAAAAAAAAUUAUUUACCAUCUUAGUGUUUAUUAAAGAAAAAAAAAAAUCGCUAAAUUGGGCAACUGAAAUCUUUUAUUUUACUAACAACCUAAACGCCAACGUACAAGACAAAAACCUUGCUAUCGCCAUUAUGAAGUCGUCACUUCUAAAAAUUUACAUGCACAAACAAAAUUUAUAAAACCAUUACAUAUUUUUUUUGCAGCCGUUUAUUAUCAUUUGGUUUUGACUGGCAAGAUAAAACGCAACCUUCAAGCUGUAAUAUUCGAUAGGCCAUUUUCACACUACAUAAACAUAAAGGGCGCAAAAACACCUUAACUUAUACCAGUAUCUAUAAAAUAUCACCUAAAUAUUUUCUGUAUAUCGCAUAGAAAUACGCCAAAUAUCAAAUCUAAUUAUAGAUUGCAGCGAUCUAAAGAUAUAAACUAAUAAAUCCGAACCUACCUCCAGCUAGACGGCGCCAUUUUUCUUGCCCUGACAGCGGAUCGAGAGCGGAAAGGCCAACUAGUUCCAGUCCUACUCCGCAUCACAGCUGAACCAGAGAGCACGUAUGAGCGUUUCGAAGCCCUAGCUUCUUACGCCCAGAUGGUGUACGAAAUAGCCUGCGUAGCAACUCAACUGGUAAAAGAACCCACAAGAAAAAACAAAAUUCUUGAUGUACUUAUUACAAACAAACCCCAUCUAUGGAGCAAGACUAAAGUUAUUAAAUCUGCCGUAAGAACAGACCACC